AUGCUAGUAUUGAUCGCCGACAAUAAACUCUCCAAAAACCUGAUACUGGGUAAUCCAGAGUAUCUAGGCCAGAGAAAACAUAUCGGGACAGAUAUCGAUCGAGAGAAAGAAAAUGCAUCCUUCAAAACCUCAUAUUUAAUCAUAGCUGUAAACGUACGUCCUAGCGAAUAUACUUUGCGCUUCUAUCAUCACGACAUCAGCAGACCUCAAAACAAAAAAAGAAAAAUGAUUGAGCACUUUGGAGAAAGGAAAUCUGGCUUAACGAUCGAAUGUCAAGGCUACUCACAUAUCAGUCCCCGGUUUUCAAAUAUUUCAGCUCCCGAAACUGUUUCAAGGAUUAUACAUAACCACUGUUUCCGUACUUUAGAGAAAACUUACUCCAAAGCCUACUAUGCCAACACCCGUCCACCUAGCGGGGGUUCUUUUUUCGCCGCACCUCUUUUGGUUCGGUUUUUUGCGCCUCGAGCAAAUAGGAAUAUGGAUUUUGUUGGGAACCUCUGUAUUGAGCUGCACUGCCAUGAGUUGGGUGAUAAAAAAAAGUGUCUGUAA